AUGUUGAUGUGCCGGCGGUUGCUGCUGAUCGCAGCCGCGAUCACGGCCUCUAUCGAGGCUGGCUCCGCUAGUUACCAUCCGGGAAUAUCGUCGGACUACUCGGGGUUUCCUGGUCUCGCGGUCUAUUCGGGCCUGACAUCGUCCGGGUCCCCGUCGAGCUCCGUCACCACGUCCGCAACGAGAUAUUGUACGUUUUAUUUGCAUUCCAUUUGCAGACCAUCCGAGUACCUAUGCGGCACCGGAAACUGCGUCGCUCAGGACAAAUACUGCGACGGCGAGAAUGACUGCGGCGACAAGUCCGACGAGCCCAGAUAUUGCACCCCGUGCAACAGAACCCUGUACGGCGAUGUGGGCCGGACCUACAGAGUGGAGGUCCGUAGGCCAAGGGAGGAUCGACUGCCAUUCUUGUGCCAUCUCAACUUCACUGCUGCCGGGUCGGAUCUCGGAGACCUAGUUCAGUUGACCUUUGAUACUUUCACUGUGGGUCGUUUUAUAUCGUUCACCUCGGAGGGAUGUCCGGACGGGUACAUGACCAUUCGCGAGGAGGGUCGUCCGGCCACCGGCGGGCAAUGGUGCGGAAGCGCGUGGGGCUACACCGUCUACUACAGCGAAACGCCUUCCAUAAAUUUGACAUUGUACCUUCUACGACUCUCUGAACAGGGGAACGGGUACAAUUUCGACUUCAAAAUGUCGUACAAGUUCCUGCGACGCAGCGAGGCGCAUCUCCGUUAUGGGAACAGCAGUAUGUCCACGUGGCGAGGCGAGCUGGUGAACGGCACGUAUUGCGAUCGUGUGCUGACCAAGUGCGACACACGAGCCUGCCGGCUCCAAUCGCCGAAUUAUCCGGGUGUAUAUCCGCGAAAUGUCACCUGUUAUUACCGGGUCGAGCAGAAUCGUGCGCCGCCCGGUCAUCGGGCGUUGCUGGCUGUUAGUCAGAGGAACAGUCAUAAGAUACACAUUAAGGACCAGCUCGUGAAGUACGACAGAAGCCAAAGGAUAUUAAGAGUGUGGGAUCAGUGCAACGUGGUGCAGGAUUAUCUGACUGUCUACGACGGGGGUUCCACGUCCGACAAAGUGUUGGUCAGACUCUGCGGCGGUGAUGCAGUCCCAGACAUCGUCAGCAGCCAUAAUACAAUGCUCUUGGAGUUUCACACGUCGCCGUAUGACAAUCCGUUCCAUCCCGUUCCGUUGUCGUUCCUGCCGGGAUUCGAAUUGGAGGUUCAGGUACUGUUCGUGGACGAGAAGUCCCGUAGUUUCGUGAAGGAGAACAACAACUGCGACUUUUAUAUAUCCAGUGAGGACAGCUCGUCGGGUGUACUGGAGAAUCCGAAGCACUCGUUGCCGCCGAAUACGACCUGCCGGUAUCACUUCCAGGGUAAGCCGCACGAGAUCGUCUGGUUGUCGUUCGUCAAGUAUUACGCGGCGAGCGCCGAGGCCUCUGCUAGCAUCGACGUUGCGUCCGAUUGCAACGCGACGCUUCUAAUAUGGGACGGCGACCACACGUUGGACAAGGGAAUUCCUGUUCAAAAGAACAUCACGCUGUUGGGUCAGUUCUGCAAGGACGACACUCCCAGACUUUGUGAUCACAGCCUGCUGCGAAACGGCAGCCGUCACACGAGGCCCUGCAGUCUCGCGGAGAGCUACGUGUCGACCAGCCGGGAUCUCACAUUGGAGCACAUUCUUCGUCAAGGGAGUGCGCUUUACCCGAUAAGCUUUGUACUGCGAUACGAGUUCGUGCACGAGGCGGUCUCCUGUAAUCACGUCUAUGGUUCCGCGUCAGCUUCAUCCACGUCUUCCAUAUCCUCUUUAUCCUCCUCCUCCUCCUCCUCCUCCUCCUCGUCGUCCGCCUCGCUCUCUAGGAUCGGUAGGUUCGCGUCGCCGAAAAGUGUGUUCUUCUAUGGACGCGGUGGUGCGCAGAACGUUAGCUGUGUAUAUCGUUUCGAGGCCGAGCCCGAUCACAGGAUAGAACUGACCGUGACUAGGGCAUCGUUCGGGAACAAAGGAUGUUCCUCCUAUGUUGAUCCAUUGGUGAACCGAUGGACAUGCGAUCGACGUUUAUCCGACACCGCUCGUUUCGGCACCGCGGAGCUCGUUGUCGCCGAGUAUCCGUGGCAGGGAGUGGAACUGGUACGCGACUGCCUGUGCUCAAAUGUGACUGAAAAGAUCAUCCUGAGGACGCUAACAUCGAACACGGUCGAAGUUCGAUUCACGGUGAGCCUGAUGAACGUUACUCAGGAUUACAGGGAUUUCUUCUUCGAGGGCGAGUAUCGUUUCGUCCCGUUGAGUGCCGAGACGAGUGAGCAAGGCUGCUCGACGAAGCUCGAAGAACGACGAUUGCGCGGUACCAGCGGUGAAAUCUCUCUCAGAAGUCCCCUGCCGCGUGUCAUUCCCGGUGUGGCUGCCGUUGAGGAGAUUCUUACCAACACGGAAGAUCUGACAGCGACUCAAUGCGUGAACGAGCCAUGGCUGAUCGAGCCAGAGGACGUGCGAAUCAAUUUUCUCUAUCUGAGAACCGCGGGGUACAGCAUCACCCUGGACAACGUCGAGGAUUGCACCACGUUGAAUCGUAUCGUUGUUUACUCGGCAUCGAAUACCAAGGAUCGUAGUGUUAUUUGUCCAGAGGGGGGUGUCGACACCGCUAGAACAGUUGACUUCUUCUCCGGUGGGUGGAAUUAUAGCGCGGUGAACGCCAGCGUGGCGAUGGCUCAGCAUUCCAGGAGUUUCGUCGUGGAAUUCCUGCAGAGGGAGCCCGGUUUCUAUGCUGUCACGUGGAUGGCGAUCUCGAAACGAUCACCAAGUCCAAGCACUGGCCCGAAUGUAUUCACGAUAUUGCCCCAAGAGGAAUGUCCAUACAGAUGUCCCGAAAUCCAGGCCUGCAUAAGCUCAGUUCUCUGGUGCGACGGCAUUCGGCACUGUCCUUCAGGGUUUGACGAGGAGGAAGCCAACUGUUCGUACCGUUUCGGCGUGACGUUACUCUAUGUGGCGGUGGGCGCCGGUGCCCUAGGAAUAUUCCUGAUCCUUCUACUCGCAACUGGCUGCCUCAAGUAUUGCCUCUACCGUCAUAAAGCUCGCAAGAAAAAGAAGAACGUCGCUCUGAACGUGAACCAUCUCCAUGUGAAUCACACCCAUCACAAUAACGGGCUAACCGGGAGUCGACUGAGCGGACGGUAUAACCUCGCCACGCCACAGGAGAUGUAUCUAGAGAAUUACGGGAAGGACAGUAUUUGUUGACAAUACGCCAUCGCCGAUAUCGAGACCACUGUGUGAAUAAUGCAAGAUUUUUUAAAAUUACGCCUACCUCGCUCUGGCCUCUGGAUC